GACUAUAAAUCAUUUCAUCUAUUAAAUUGAUGAAUCGUUACACCAAUUAGUCCAAAUAAGUAAAAUUUUUGUAAAUACUUGAAGCCACAAAGACUUCACUUUUGUUUUGAGUUGUUGAUAUUCUUAGGCUUUUACCUUUAUUAAGCUACUUUUUUUAAAAAAAAAUUAUUUUGUGUAUUUUGGGUGUUUUGCAAUUUUAAGGCUAUUUUUUAGGGCUGUGUUGGUAAGUCUGGCGAUAUCAAACAUAUCGCGAUACGCGUCUCACGAUCCAAUACAUAUCGUGAUAUAUCCCAAGACUGUACCGGAACAAUUUUUCACUAUUCUUAAGCUGCAGCUGCAUUACUUCACUUAUUUUUAAUCUAAGCCCACUACAAAGCACGGCAAUCUCCAUUUUUAUAUGAUACUGACAGCAACGUAGCAAAGAUUUUGGUUAGAUACCCAUCCCAAGUUCAAACGAAGAAAUACAUGUCUCAUACAUGUCUCAUAUUAACAAGGACCACAUGGCUGAUUAUAUCAUUUUUUUGUAAACUUGUUGUGACAACAAAAUUCUCAAUUUUCUUUGAGAUCCCUUUAAUUUGCCUGUAAAUUCAUAUGACAUUUGGAUGUAUAACUGCAUUUUUAAAGAAAUUUUUACAUAAUGAUAUUUUUUAUUCUAAAGUUUUUUAUUUGUAUUUUUUUACUGUUUACAUUGUUUAUUUGAUAGAAAAUUCAAGUUAUUCAGUGAAAUAUUGCAAUACUUGUAUCAAUUUAAAAUACUACUAAGGCAAUAUUGAAUUAAUAUGUUCAGUCUUACUGUUGUUUUCCAUCUAAAUGGUUUAUUAUUAUUAUUAUUAUUAUUAUUAUUAUUAUUACAAAGAAUAUACACACCUCUAGUUUUGACCUUUCUUCCUCGGUGCUGAGUUUAGCGCUCCUUUUCCCUACUGCACUUGAACGCACCACGGCUGUUUCGCUGUCGGCUCGUGAAUCCGCUCACACGCGCACAUGUAAACACGCGCACACAUCUGGUGGGAAGUGCAAAAGCCCGUCUUCGUGCUUUGCUGUCACUUUUCACCAGUUUGACUCAUCUCCGGUUCUUUUUCGGGAGUUUAUUGAUUCUCCUCUUCCUCCAUGUGAUGAAGCUCCAGACAGCGGGCAGACAGCAGCGUGGAGCUGCCGGGCUCUGGAAGAAGAACUUGUUGGAAGAAGACCGGCAGAGGACUCGUUAGUGUCGGGAGCGUUCGCGGGUUUGUGUGAGGGCGAGAGUUAUUAUGGUGGUUGUUAUGAUCUGAGAUGACUUCUGAGAGGAAAGCAGCGCGGCUGAGUCUGCGCAGGUCUCUGAGCGAGCAGCUGCGGAGCUCCACGUCCAAAGCCUGGGAUUUACUCUGGAAGAAUGUCAAAGAGCGCAGACUGGCAGAAAUUGAAGCAAAAGAGGCGUGUGACUGGCUGCGGGCAGCAGGAUUUCCCCAGUAUGCUCAGCUCUUUGAAGAUUCCCAAUUCCCCAUUGACAUAAGGCCUGUGAAAAGAGAUCAUGACUUUCUGGACAAGGAUCUUGUGGAACCUCUGUGCAGACGACUCAACACUCUGAACAAGUGUGCCUCUAUGAAACUUGACGUGAAUCUUCCAAAGAAAAAAGGAGAAGACUCUGAUGAAGAAGACGUGUUUGCUAUCAGCGACAAAUGGACCUUUGAGUGGAGCAGCCGGCGUUGGUCCAGAUUACAGGACAUUGACUGUCUGCUUCAAAACCACAGAGAGGGUCAGACUUUCAGGGACGGCGUUCCUCUCAGAACCACAACAAGCAGCGAGAGUGUUCUGACGGACCUUAGUGAGCCGGAGGUCUCCUCUUUGCACAGUGAAAGCAGUGGGGGCAGCGCUCACAGAGGACUCAGCACGGAGGACUCUGACUGCUCCAACCGAACUGAUUCUGCAGCUAUGCCAGACUCUACUUCUCUCACAAUGCCUCAUAUCCCUCCCAAUUUUUCUCACUAUGGCUCUUUACCUAACAAACACAGCAAGACGAGUCGCGCACGUGCCAAAGACUUCUUGAAACGCAUGGAGACACUUGGGUCCAAAGGAACCUUAGGAAAGAGUCAGAAGUUGGUCAUCAGCGCCCCUGUGAUGCAACAGGAAGCCCAGGCCCUUAAAACUCUACGGUGCGUCGAGAUCAUCAAUGGAGCUCCAGAACCACCAUCAAGCAAACUUUCCCCACCUCAGUCCAGCAGUGAGGGCAGCAGCCAUUCUGGUGGCAGCACGGUCAGCACUCCCAGCCUGAAAGAACGAAAGCCUCACAGUGCCGACCACAAGCGGGGCGGCAUGUAUCUGGAGGACGUAGACAUCUUUACAGGUACCGACAUGAGCAAAGUCACAGAGCAAAACCGAAAAAAUGACUUCUGCUCCUAUGAAGACCUUGUGGUCCACAUUCCUAAAGACCAUAAACCGGGAACCUUUCCCAAAGCACUAUCCAUAGAAAGCUUGUCCCCAACCAAUGGAACUACUAUUAACUGGCAUACUGGCAGCAUGCACCUGGACUCCACACUGAUUUCAUGCAGGAAGGAGUCCAAACGUCCAACCCAGUGCUCCUCCAGAGGCAGCCGAGUCAGCAUUUAUGAUAACGUUCCUGGCUCUCAUCUGUAUGCCAGCACUGGAGAUCUGAUGGAUCUGGAGAAGGAGGACCUGUUUUCACACCUGGAUGAUAUCCUGCUGCAUGUCAAUGGUCUACAGCAGAUAGUGGAUCAUUGGUCCAAAAAUGUUUUACCUGGAGGAGAAGGCCUCAUCCAGGGAGACAGUGAGAGGGAAGAAGCAGGUUGUAUGCAGUCUGCCAGUCAGAUCACUUUAGACUUUGAAGGAAAUUCCGUUGCAGAAAGUCAGACCACGCCGACUGAUGUAGACCGUGACAAAGUCUCAUUAGUUGAGGCAGAAUCUGCAACACUCAGAGAGAGAAGAGAUUCAGGAGUUGGUGCUUCUCUUACAAGACCUAAAAGGUUAAGAUGGCCCAGCUUUCAGAUCUCCAAUCGAAUAAGCCACUCAGUUGCAUCCCUGCAGAUCACAAACCAGUCAGCAAGCCAACUGAGUUUGUUACAGAAGUUUUCUCUGCUGCGUCUUACUGCAAUCAUGGAAAAGUACUCCAUGUCAAACAAGCACGGAUGGACAUGGUCUGUGCCAAAGUUUAUGAAGAGAAUGAAGGUACCAGACUAUAAAGACAAAAAUGUGUUUGGAGUGCCGCUCAUAGUGCACGUGCAGCGCUCCGGACAGCCUUUGCCUCUUGGCUUGCAGCAGGCCCUGCGAUACCUGAGGAGCCGAUGUCUUGACCAGGUGGGUUUGUUUCGCAAAUCAGGUGUGAAGUCCCGAAUUCAGGCCCUGAGGCAAAUGAAUGAAAGCUCUGCUGAUAACGUGAACUAUGAAGACCAGUCGGCCUAUGAUGUGGCUGAUAUGGUGAAGCAGUUCUUCAGAGAUUUACCCGAACCUUUACUCACCAACAAGCUGGGGGAGACAUUCCUCCACAUCUACCAGUAUGUGCCAAAGGACCAGAGACUGCAGGCCGUCCAGGCUGCAAUCAUGCUAAUGUCGGAUGAAAACCGAGAAGUGCUGCAGACGCUCCUCUGUUUCCUCAGCGAUGUCACCUCGUCUGUGGAGGAGAAUCAGAUGACACCCAUGAACAUCGCCGUGUGCCUCGCCCCCUCUCUAUUCCACCUCAAUUUGCUGAAGAAAGACAAUCUCUCACCAAAGGCCAUGCAGAAGAAAUACGCCACCGGCAGACCAGACCAGAAGGACCUGAAUGAAAACUUAGCAGCGACACAGGGCCUCGCUCACAUGAUCAUAGAAUGCAACCGUCUCUUUGAGAUACCUCAUGAGAUGGUUACACAGUCGCGCAAUUCCUAUGUGGAGGCUGACUUACACGCGCCGACGAUUCAGGAGCUGUGCAAGCAGCUGGAGGAUGAUGAUGGAACGUAUCAAACACACAUGGAAGGAAGGCUCCAGAACCUUCUGAAAGAAGCUCGGGAGAAGUCUAAAUCCUGGGUGUCAUGCUGCAGCUCUGAUAACACGGAACUUCACUAUAAGAAGGUGGGAGAUGGGAACCCCCUGCGACGCUGGAGAGUGUCAGUGGAGGUGGAGGCGCCACCCUCUGUGGUGUUGAACCGAGUGCUGCGAGAGCGCCACCUGUGGGACAUGGACCUGCAUCAGUGGAAAGUGUGUGAGAGCCUUGACAAACAGACCGAGGUGUUUCAGUACGUCCUCAACAGCAUGCCCCCUCAUCCCAGCAGGGACUUUGUUGUUCUCAGGUCGUGGAGGACAGACUUGCCAAAAGGAGCUUGCUCCCUGGUUUCCGUGUCCGUAGAGCACGAGGAGUGCCGUACCAUUGGAGGGGUGCGCGCUAUAGUCCUGGAGUCCAACUACCUGCUUGAACCCUGUGGCUCAGGAAAAUCCAGGCUAACCCACCUUUGCAGAAUUGACUUAAAAGGACGGACUCCAGACUGGUACAACAAAGCGUUUGGCCAUCUCUGUGCUGCAGAAGCUGCUCGAAUCCGCAACUCCUUUCAGCCGCUAAUCUCUGAUGGCCCAGAGACCAAAAUCUGAACUGCCUCUCUCUGCCAGUCGUGUCUGUGCAGCCUUGAGAUCAAAACUGAGCCUUUGACUCAUGGCGAGCAGGCAGCUAUUCACACAGGACCCAAGAACAAAAGCACAGUUCAAAUGCUCUGAAAACAAUUGUAAGCCUGAUGCAGAACAUCCCAAAAAGGUGCAUAAUUAUUCAUUCUGCCAAUGUUUUUUUUUUUUUUUUUAAUUUUCACAUUAUUUACCAUCACGUUGCUAAGCUUUUAUGUAAGAAUAAUUAUAAGAUAUAAUUAUUUUCCUCAAUGUCUAGGACAUUUAAGCUCAAAUGCUUCUGAGAAGCUGGAAUAUGUUAUUAAUUUGAGAUUUAAAACUAUCAUUAUUAUGAUGUACACUGUAAAUAUAUAAAUAUGUGUGUGAAUAUCUUGUACAUGGAAUCCUUUGUUCAUAUUGUGUAUAUGUAAAGGUAGCUCAUAUGUUAACUUCCUCUAUAUAUUGAUUACAUCCCUUGUUGGACUCAUGGUACAUGAUUGUAAGCUGGUUUUACUUGGUUCAGUAUUGACUUUGGGCAUAAUUUUAUUCAACUUUGACCUCCAUUGGUUGUGAAACGUGAUGACUUAAGGUUUGACUUGAUCAUACCUGUUUGAGGGUACGUUAUUAUACACUCAAGUAAAGCAGACAAUGAUUUUUACAAAAAUAAAACUGUUAAAAUCAAA